UGUGAGACGCAUUAACGCUCCGCUUCUGACACUACAUGCAAAUAAUGAUCAAUCUCAAACUUUCACACACUCACCUCUCACUGGACAUUUAUUCUACUACUCAUAAUUUAUAGAUGAUGAAUUUCCUCCGCAAUCGGCUGGUGGUUUUGGGGCUGGUGCUGCUGGCCACGGUGCUGUUGUACCUGCUGCUGCCCUCCAUGCGGCAGGGCAGUAUGGAGCCCUCGCUGGAGGUGCAGCAGCGGAUGGGGCUGAUGGCCGCGACCCCCCCUCCGCCACCACCGCCGUCCAGCGUCAACAUCACGGUGAGGACAGGACAGCUGCCCGGAGACCCGCCGCUCUUCUUCAGGGAGGCUCUGCCCGUGGACAGCGCGGGACGACAGAUUCUGCCCAGAUUGCAGAUGGUGCUUCUUCAUGGUCAGGCCUUCACCUCUAAGACCUGGGAAGAGUUGGGGACUCUCAGUCUUUUGGCCUCUAGCGGAUACCAGGCCCUCGCUCUUGACCUGCCCGGUUAUGGGAAUUCUCCGGAUUCCGAGUCGGUGAAGUCGGAUCAGUCUCGUGUGGAUCUGCUGAAGCGUUUUCUGGAGGCUCUGGGCGUCCGAGCGCCGGUGUUACUGAGCCCUUCUAUGAGCGGUCACUACGCCCUGCCGUUCCUCCAGAGACACAGCGCACAGUUACACGGCUUUGUUCCCAUUGCGCCGGUGGGGACCCGCGGCAUCACCCCACAGCAGUACCACGACAUACAGACUCCUACACUGAUCAUAUAUGGGGAGCUAGACACCAACCUGGGCGCCCAGUCUCAUAAGAACCUGAUCCAGCUGCCCAAUCACACCGUGGUGAAGCUGGCAGGAGCGCGACAUGCCUGUUACAUGGACAAACCUCGUGAGUUUCACCGCGCCCUGCUCGACUUCCUCAGUAAACUCGACUGACGGGACGGCACAAAAUAAAGCUGUGGAAAUGACUUUGGAAGAGACUACGAGAAAAAAUGAGGUACAAGUAAAAAAAAAGGUGAACAGGACUGCAGCGUAGCCGAAAAAACUGUCCUGAAACCUAACAACAUUGAGCUUUCAAUCAGCCAUCCACAUCAGCGCACUCCUUAUAGUUUCCCCGCGUGCACCAUCAUGAGACUUUAUAAAAUAGCGAACAUAUGCUGAAUUAUUAUAGUACAGAUUCCUUUGUAGACUCUAUGCUGUUCCUAAGGAUGAUUGCGGAACCGUUGGUUGAUAUGGUUAACACUUUAAAGAUCAUUCUCCAACAAAUCUGAGGGAUGUUGUUGAAAUGCUAUUAUUAAUAAUGGUUGACUUUCUUAGAGUUAUACUGGGCGAGUUCUAAAUUGUGUUUUUGCACCCUUGAUGGGCCCUUUAGGAAGAGUACGCCAUUUGUAGGGGCCGAUUUUCUCUUUAUUUAGGGCCCUUCCAAAAGUGUGUUAGCCAAGGGUACAUGCGAUGGUCACUUUUGAGGACUGGAGUUGUCGUUAAUUGGCAUGUGGUAUGUUGUUUUAUAUAUUACACAUAUUGUCGUUUUGCGUUUCUUCAUAUGAAUUUUAUAUUUCAUAGUAAGUUUCAUAGGUAAGAAAUGUGUAUGGUGAUGGAUAAUAUGGAAAAAAUGACUUUAUAACAGGAUUAAAGGAAUAGUUCACCCAAAAAUGACAAUUCUGUCAUAAUUUUAUCAUUCUUUUAUGUUUGAGUUUCCACAUUGACUUCCAUUGUAUUUUUUGUUUCUACUAUGGAUGUCAAUGGUUACCGAUUUCCAACAUUUUUCAAAAUAUCUUCUUUUGUGUUCAACAGAAAAAAGGUAACUUGUAUAGUUCUGGAAUCACUUGAGAGUGUAUAAAUAAUAAUGAGUACAUUUUCAUUUUUGGGUGAACUAUCACUUUAAGUUUAGGGAGGGACCACGCACACAUAACACAUAAAGCAUAUUUUAAUAUAGAAUGUGAAUUUUUUUUCAACAGUAAGUAACAGCAAUAAUGAGAUAUUCUUGGUAUUGCUGUCUUGAGUCAUGUGAACAUUCCAGGAGAAGAUAAAUGGGAAAUUAUAUAUUGUUCACUUCGACAAGUGUGCUCCAAAAUUCUCCAUUACAAAACGAAAGUGCCCUGCUCCCUCCAAAAUGCCUACUUUAAAGGAACACUAAACUUUCAUUAAAUAGUAUUAACUAGUAUUAAACAGUUGAGUUUGAUCAUUUUUGAAUCUAUUCAGCUGAUCUCCGGGUCUGGCAGGAACACUGUUAGCUUAGCUUAGCAUAGAUCAUUGGAUUGGAUUAGACCAUUAGCGUUUAACUCAAAAAUUGCCAAAACGUUUAGAUAAUUUUCCUAUAUAAAGCUUGUAUUUUCUGUUUCUUUCAGAAAAUGAAAAGUUGCUAUUUUCUAGGUUGAUAUGGCUAGAAACUAUUCUCUCAUUCUCGCGUAAUAAUCAAGGAGCUUUGCUGCUGUUCUGUGGCUGCAGUAGGGGCAAUAAUAUUAACUUUAAAUUAUCUGAACUCUUUGGUCCGUUUUGAACGAGAUGCUAAUGGUCUAAUCCGAUUCAAUGAUUAUGCUAAGCUAAGCUAAAGUGCUCAGAGAUCACAUAAUAAUAGUGACCACAUGAUAAAAAAGGUUAUUAAUAUCCAAUAAAGUUGGCACAGCAUCAUCAUUCUGGAAAUUCUGCACAAAAAUGUGCCUUGUUUAUAAACGUGUUGGAUUGGAUUAGACUAUUAGCAUUUAACUCAAAGCUUGUCUCUUCUGUAGUUACACUUUGUACUAAGAAUGGCUGAAAAUUUAAAGUUGUGGUUUCCUAGGCCGAUAUAUGGCUAGGAACUAUACUUUCAUUCUGGCGUAAUAAUCAAGGAACUUUGCUGCUGUUCCAUGGCUGCAGUAGGGGCAAUGAUAUUAGCUUCAGAAGAGUCAAGCUUUAAAUAGAAACAUUAUCAAAAUUCUUUUAUCAUUUUUGAACGAGAUGCUAAUGGUCUAAUCUGAUUUAAUGAUCUAUGCUAAGCUAACCUAAAAGUGCUUCCGCCAAAUCCAGAGAUCACAGAAUAAAAGUGAGCACAUGAUAAAAACAGUAAUUAAUAACCAAUAUAGUCGGCACAGCAUCAUCUUUCUGGAAAUUCAGCAUCAAAAUGUGCCUUGUUUAUAAACACAUUCAUGGAAAAAA